GACACCUCGUCCACUGUGCCACUCCACAAUCGGACUGCGCAACGCUGCCAAACUGGUCUGUUUCCAAUUCGCAAUUUGCUCUCUCGGACACAGCUCACAGCACAACACACGCGCUCCGAACAUGCUUUCCGUGUCCCAAUUCUCGCUUGCUCUCUUGCUGGUCGCCGCCACGGCUUCCACGGACGCCGUGCCGUCGGGCGACUACUACUCCGCCAUGCUUACAGCCGUCAACGCGGCACGCGCAAAGCAGGGAGUGCCGGCUCUUUGUAUGAACAAGAAGCUCCAAGCUGCUGCCCAGCGUCACUCGGACGACAUGGCGAAGAACAACUACAUGGCUCACGACGGCGCCGAUGGCUCUACGAUGUCGCAACGUAUCACCGAGGCCGGUUACGAAUGGGAUGGCUGCGCUGAGAAUGUUGCUGCUGGCCAGGAGGAAGUCGACUCGGUCAUGCAGGGAUGGUUGGACUCUCCGGGCCACUACGAGAACAUCAUGAACCGCGACUACACCAUGUUCGGCACGGCCUACUCGUACAACAAGGACACGACGUACGGAAUCUACUGGACUCAGGACUUUGCCAGCGGUGAAACGGAGGCGUGCGACGGCGGCAACUCCUCCACGCCGGUGACCCCCGCUCCCACCAAGUCUGUCCCCGAGCUCCCGGCCACUGUCAUCCCCAGCCAGGACACCCCGGCCACGAAGGGCCCUGUCGUCACCCCCGCUCCUACCACCCCGGCUCCUGUGUCUACCCCGGCUGCAACGACCCCGGCUCCCGUUGCCACUCCGGCCGCAACGACUCCGGCCCCUGAGGCCACUCCGGCCGCAACGACCCCGGCUCCUGAGGUCACCCCUGCUGCUACUACCACGCCUCCCUCGGCGUCUCAGAAGGAUUGCGAGUCGAAUUUCUAAGCAGAGCUGUAUGACGAGUAGGUGGAGAUGCGAACCCGAGUGUGGGUAGAGAGAUCUGUAGCGACAGAAAGCUUCCGAUCAAUACACCAUAAGAAAAAUUCAUAAAAUGAAAUUUAUGUACGUACGAACAGUGC